AUGGCGCAUUAUGCGAUUCAACAAGAUGUCCAUGAUACUGCCUCCUCUUCAAGAACACGGUUGUUUGUGAAGAUAGCUUCAGAUUUGGAAAACAAUUUUAGCUUUUUUCAAAGGAAGAUCGACGCACGUGGUAAAUGGGGGUUUUCGGCUUUACAGAGAUGCACAUCUGCAGUUCGCCAGUUAGGAUACGGUAGUAAUCCCAACAGUUUAGAUGAUUACCUAAAUAUGUCGGGAAGAUCGUCACGAGACACCCUUAAUGCUUUUUGUGAUGAAGUCAUUAAGUUAUAUGGGCAUGAAUACUUGCGUAGGCCAAUGCGUACUGAUACGCAACGCAUUUUUGAUCAUCAUGCGUCUUAUCAUGGUUUCCCCGGCAUGUUAGGGAGUCUUGAUUGUACACACUGGGCUUGGGAUAAUUGUCCAGUAGCUUGGCGUGGCCAGUACACGCGAGGUGAUCAUCACGGGCCGACGAUAUCGCUUGAAGCAGUUGCAUCACAGGAUUGUUGGAUUUGGCACGCAUACUUUGGUGUUGCCAGUUCAAACAACGACAUUAAUGUGUUGAACCAAUCUCCUUUGUUCAACCCUUUUGAAGACGGCACAGCACCGUUGGUUCCUUUCACUGUAAAUGGAACCGAAUAUCGGUACCCGUAUUAUCUUGUGGAUGGGAUCUACCCAAGAUAUGCGAUGUUUGUGAAACGAUUUCCCAUCCAACCGGUGAGAAAAGGAUUCGAUAUGCUAAGGCACAGGAGGAUGCAAGGAAGGAAGUGGAGCGAGCUUUUGGUAUUAUAA